UUCCUUCGUGCUAGGUGGCUUCCUGCGGUGUUUCCUCCUUCGCUCUCUUUUCAACUGCUUGACUGCCGCCAUCAUGGGUCGCAUGCAUGCUCCUGGGAAGGGCCUGUCCCAGUCGGCUCUGCCCUAUCGCCGCAGCGUCCCCACAUGGUUGAAGUUGACAUCUGAUGACGUGAAGGAGCAAAUCUACAAACUGGCCAAGAAAGGCCUGACUCCUUCACAAAUAGGUGUGAUCCUGAGAGACUCACAUGGUGUUGCACAAGUACGUUUUGUGACAGGCAAUAAAAUCUUGAGAAUUCUGAAGUCCAAAGGACUUGCUCCUGAUCUUCCUGAGGAUCUCUAUCAUCUAAUUAAGAAAGCUGUUGCUGUUCGAAAGCAUCUUGAGAGGAACAGAAAAGAUAAAGAUGCUAAAUUCCGUCUGAUUCUGAUUGAGAGCCGAAUUCACCGAUUAGCUCGAUAUUAUAAGACAAAGCGAGUUCUCCCCCCAAAUUGGAAAUAUGAAUCAUCCACAGCUUCUGCCCUGGUUGCAUAAAUUUCUCUAUGUAUUUAGGCAAUAAAGUCAUUGUUUAAGCCUGU